AUGGUUCAAUGUGACGUGUGUGAUGAAUGGUACCAUUAUACUUGUGUCGGUGUUACACAGGAUAUAGAACAUGAAGACUGGAGUUGUCAAGAAUGCAGAAACGCGCAGACAACACAGCAAAAUCUAAAUCAAGAUGAAAUACCGACAACAAGCAAAGAAAAAUCAGCGAAAGAAUCAAACCUUAAACCACCAUCAAAAGCGGGGUCGAUCAAGUCGUUAGGAUCUAAACACCAAACGAAAGCUCUUCUAGAACUUCAACUGAAGAAAUUAGAAGAGGAACAUGCGUUGAAAAAAGAAGAAAUUAAACUGAAACUAGAAAUGCUAGACAAACGAUUUCACAUUCUAGAACAAAUGAAUGAUGUCAAUAAUUCAGAAAUAGAUGAGCAGGAUGCUACAUCAAAAGUAAACGAAUGGUUACAUGACAAAAGCAAUAUAUCCCAACGUGAAUGCAGACACGAAUGCGCUCUUGAAGCUCAAGCAGGUGCUGGCAACUAUACUGUAAAUCAACAACAUGAACAACAGUUUAUACCAGAAGAGCGAUCAACACCCAAACAUCACGAACGUGAUUCAUCACGAGUUCUGAGAUCCGCUGAUUAUGAUAGAUUGACGCAAGAUCAGUUAGCAGCGCGUCAGGUAGUGCCUAAAGACUUACCGAAAUUUUCUGGCAACCCAGAGGAGUGGCCCAUGUUUUUUUCCACUUACGAAAGCACUUCGAAUAUGUGUGGAUAUAGAAAUGAUGAAAAUAUGAUCAGACUCCGGAACUGUUUGAAAGAUGAAGCAUACGCUGCUGUUCAAAGUUUUUUAAUGCAUCCAUCUACCCUACCCAAAGCAAUUUCCGUUCUAAAAUUAAGAUUUGGUCAACCUCAUACAAUAAUAAAUACUUUGAAGAAGAAGAUUUCUGCUAUGCCAUCUGUGAGGCCCGAUGCAAUGGAUAAGCUAAUUGAUUUUGCUUUAGCGGUACAAAACCUCUGCGCAACCAUCGAAGCAUGUCAAUGCAAAGAGUACAUGAAUGAUGCAUCAUUUCUUCAAGAACUCAUUGGUAAACUUCCACCAACUCUUAGAUUGGAAUGGGCCAGAUCGAACCGAACUGUAGUACAAGGGAGUUUAGAAAUAUUCAGCUCCUGGAUGUAUUCGAUUGCUGAAGAUGCCUGUCUUAUAGUUGAACCGAAGCAUAUGAACGAUCGAGUUCAUCAAACCGAUCCCAAGAAGGGCAAAACAUAUAUAAACACUCACUCGGAGCGUCCAUCUUCGACGGAUGCAUCGACACAAUACACUUCGAAUACUAACAUAGCGACGGAACGAUCGAAGAUUGAAACCUGUAUCGCUUGUAAAGGAAACUGCGAAUCACUAGAAAAAUGCACACGUUUUAACACACAAAGCUACGACGCUAAAUGGGGUUUAAUUCGUGAAGCUAGAUUAUGCCGAAAAUGUCUCCGACAGCACAAAGGCGGUUGUUACUCGAAACCGUGCGGUAUUAAUGGCUGUACAUUUAAGCACCAUCCGUUAUUACAUAAGCAAUGGUCACCUCGAUACGAUACAAAUCAUGUGGAUAAUGAAAACCAAUCUGAAGCUCAAAACUGUCACACUCAUCAGCUGUCAACCAAUUGUACGCUACUACGUUAUUUGCCUGUGGUACUUCAUGGCGUCGAUAAAGAUUUACGUUGUUACGCCUUCCUGGAUGAGGGUUCUGGUUCGACACUCCUGGAUAAAAAAGCAGCGAGUAUCUUAGGGCUGCAAGGAGAAAUCAAGCCCCUAUGCCUGCAGUGGACUGGCGGAAUGCAACGCUAUGAGGCGAAUUCACAAAAAGUCAGUUUAGACAUUUCAGGUUGCGACAAGAAAAGAUACAAUUUGGAGGACGUGCGUACCGUCGAGGAUCUCCGGUUGCCGUUCCAGACGCUAAAUGUGUCUGAGUUGAAGGAUAAGCAUAGUUAUUUACGUGAUUUACCAAUCGAAUCUUAUGAGAAUAUUAGACCAAACAUAUUGAUAGGAUUAAAACACGCAAACGUUAUGUUGGUGCGCAAAAGUCGCGAAGGAAACAAUAAUCAACCUAUUGCUAUUAAAACUCGCCUUGGAUGGACUGUCUAUGGCGGAAACUCGAAUGACGUCGAACUGCACAUGAUACAUUAUUCUUUUCACGUUUCUCCAUGCUCAUGCAACACCCACGAUAACUUACAUCAAACGGUGAAACAAUAUUUUUCUCUAGAAGCCAUGGGGAUUACGAAGCCAAGUCAAUCAUUAAUGUCUAACGAAGAUAAACAUGCAUUGCAUCUACUCGAAUCUCUUACCCAGUUUAGUGGUGAGCGAUACGAGACAGGGUUAUUGUGGCGACAUGACGAAAUUAGGCUUCCGGACAGUAAAGCUUUAGCGCAGAGACGGUUAUACUGUCUUGAAAAAAGAAUGGAAAAAGAUCCGGAACUGAAACGCAUCAUGCAAGGAAAGAUAGCUGAAUACAUAGAGAAAAAAAUACAUCCGGAAAUUAACAGAUGA